CACUCAGAUAGCUAGAACACUCUGCUCUCAGCUCUGCUGCAGUAAAAAAGAAGGUCGUCGUUGUGAGAGUGAAAGAGUGUGAAAUAUGAACAUGCACGUCUUUUUGUUUCUGAUGACUUUCGUUUUGAGCUCACAUGCCUUGCCACGAGUGCAAAGAAGUAGCCACAGUGACCAUAACCCAGUAGCAGUUCUAUCUCCAGAACCAGAAGUUCGUUUGAUUUCACCAUCACAGAAACUUCGAGUUGGAGAUCCAGCAGUACUAGUAUGCACACUUCGUGCUGAUCUACCUGGACCACAUCAGUUCUCUUGGUUUGGUCCAAAAAAUGAGACUCUGAUUUCUUCCAUUCCUGACUACAUUGUCUAUCGUCGCACUUUGGUGAUUUCUAAUCUAACAUAUGAUGAUACAGGACGAUACACUUGCAGAGUUACCACUCCUGUGGGACAAUUUUCUGCUUUUGCAGUGAUAAGUGUUCUUCCAGCCAUUCCCUGUGAGUUUGACCCACCCAUCAUAGCACUCAAACCCAAAUAUGUGACUGUUUAUCUCAACACAACUGGACUUAUUGAAGCUGCUCACUGUACAAACUACUCAUCGUUCUUGAAGAUAAAUCUUUUGACGAAAACUGCAAACACUGCUGUUAAGCGUUACAGAACAAUUCAACACUUUGCUGAACAGCUCAAUGCCAUACAAGUCUUGGAUACACUAAACAUUAUCAAUGCAUCUGUUUUGUUUGACAGCAAGAUUUUAGAAGGUUUGUCCAAACUGCAGCAAAUAGUCAACAAUUCAAACUUUCUAACAUUAGAUUUCAACAUCAGCACUACCUCAUUAGUCAAUACUGUAGAUCUUCCUUUCCAGUCAGCAAUCAAUCGAUCUGCAGCUCUUGCUAAUGCCAUCAAGAUAUUAAAUGCCAGUCAUCCACGUGCAGUCUUCAUGCCUGCACCUGCCCAAUGUCCACAGCAUGAAGAAGUGUUUAAUAAUACUCUCAUCUUGCCAUGUGAAACAGACUCACGUCCACAAACAAUUACUUUUUAUCACAACGAUAUUCCUAUUGACAGAAGUGACAAACGAUUCCAGUACCAUCGAUAUGGACUACAGAUACUGAAGGUUUCUCCUGUCCUUGCUGGAAAGUACACGUGUGUUGCAGUUCAUAGUUGUGCAAGCAGCUCUGUUUCCUCUUUUGUUAACGUCACAACACUUCUAUCGUCUUCACCUCCUGCUGUUAUCUCUGAUCGUCACUUUACUGAGACCAUGUUAUAUGGUCAAUAUCCAGCUCUGCGUUUAUUGAACAUUUCGUCAGACAACUUCACGUUUUACAACUUCAGUUCACCAUAUUUGGAGGUGAGCACCUUGCUACCAAUCAAGUUAACAUUUAUCAAUGUCACAAUUGAUCACAUUCAUAUUGCCAACAGCACCCAGCUGUCAAACAUUACUCUGGUAAACAGCACAAUAGGUCGAUUGGAAUUGGUCAAUUCUAGUGCCAAAAUUUUCUCUGUGACCUCUGCCAAUAUCAGUUCUGGCUUGUUCAAGAAUGCAUUCUUUACAGAGACUCUGUAUCUGAAUGCUUCAUUUGCCAAUUGCAUUUUGAUCAACUACACUUCUAUCAAUCACACAUCAAUUAAUGUUACUCACCUAGAUGGUGAACUCUUUAAUGUAACAUUUGUCAACUACACUGGAAUCAACGUGGAAUAUUGGAACGUGUCACUAGUGAAUUCCAACUUACACAACUAUUUUGUCACAGACUCUUAUUGGACAAAUGUCACUCACAUCAAUGUUACCGAAAUGGACAUCACAUUACAGGACGUGUAUGCAGUCAACUACACUGCAAUCAAUGUGACAACAGUCAACUCGACGCAUACCAAUGUGGGCUAUGUAAACUCGACCUUCUAUAACUACUCAGUUCUUGCAGCAGAGAUGAACUACGUGACCUACAUCAAUGUCUCAUGUAUUCUCUGUAAUUACACUAAAGUCAAAACUUGGAACGAAUUCAACCAGAACGUGACAUGUGUGAACUACACUGUCAUUGACUCGUUCAUAUAUCACACCAACUAUACAAACAUGACAACCAUAAAUGCAACCUGGAUCGAUAUAUACUCACUCAACAAUACAAUGAUCAACAUGACCGAGUCGAAUGUCACAAUUGCCAACGUGACUUCUUUUGAUUUGCUGUCGAUUAACAUAAGCUACAUCAAUGUCACUCUAAUGAACGUGUCAUUGGUGAAUCCCUCCCUUCACAACUGUUCUGUCAAAAAAUCCUUCCAGAUCAAUGUCACACACACGAAUGCUUCCUUAUUCUUGUACAAUAUAACAGAUGCCAUUUUAGUGAAUGUCACAAAUAUCAACGUCCUGGCUAUCAACUUCACUGCAUUGAACAUGACAAGGGUCAACAUCACUGAACGAAACGUAUCGUUCGUUAACUCAUCUUUCACAGAGCUUGUUGAGCUCGAAGCAACACGAUACUACAUCAGCUACAAUGCCUGUGUUUUUGUCAACACAACCUUCAUCAACUUUACAGUCACCAACUGCUCUAUUAUCAAUGGUUCAUUUUCAAACAUGACGACAGUGAAUCAAACUGCUGUCAACUGUACGGCCAUCAAUACGACUCUAGACAUGGUCGUGCGACACAAUGUUAGUCUGAUCAAUGUGACAUAUCACAAUGUUUCCUAUGCCAAUGCUGUGCAUGUGAACGUCAGCAAUGUCAACUUUUCCAUGGUCUUAUACAAUGCCACCAACAUCACUGGAUACAACGUCAGUCACACAAACUAUUCGUGUGUGGACAUAAUGUAUCUCAACUGGACUUGUAUCAACUGUUCACUUACCAAUACGUCUUUCAUAAAUUCUACAUUUAUUGACAUGGAUAUCAUCAACUCCACUCAGUAUCUUAUGAACGUCACCAACUCGUCGUUGCUCAAUGUUAACUUCAUUAAUAUGACUUCAACAAGCCAUGUGAAUAAGAAUGUCACACUGACUAAUAUGACAACGGCAAACUGUUCAAUGAUUGGCUACUCUGGAGUAAACAAUGCUUUCAAACAUUCGAUACUGUAUAAUACUACGUUCGUCGAUUCCACUCUAAGCUAUCCAUUGUAUAUCAACACGACAGUCAAUAUGGUGACAUUCAAUAGAACAGAUAUUGAGCAUGCGUCUGUAAUCAAUUCAAGUAUAUAUCAUCUCAAGCAUAUCAAUGGAUCAACAUUCAAUUUGUCCUUGAUCAACGUCACCUCUCAUCACCUUUACAUUGGUAACACUAUGGGAGAGCAAUUGGUAAUUAUCAAUGCCACACUUUUCAAUAGCACUUUCUGGAAUUCAACUGUCCAAAAUAUGACAAUCAAAAAUGGUACAUUCCUAUUGUUGACCGCCAACCAAUCUGUUUUGAAUAGUGUCGUCCUGACUGAAAAUUGCACUAUGAAAGAGUUGGUGUUACAAAAUAGUAACAUGAUUGACAUGUCAGUGAACAACUACGAGUCUGACUACAACGUAAAAGAUCUUAUGUGCAUUGAGGACUUUACUGACAGCACGUCUACACCCGGCGAUCUAAACUGCAGUAGACAAGCAAUCAAAAUGAGAAUCCAUGAGAAAUAUCCAGAGAUUUUUGGCAAACAAGAGAUACUGAGACUGAGUCAAGUGGAGCCUCCCAUGCUUUACGAUAUGCAACUGGUACUUCGUGACCCCACUUUUCCACCUGUUCUUUUCUCUCUGUCUGAGGAAGCUGAACAAGUCAAAUCCACUAUUCUCUCUCUGACUGCUGAACCUGAAGAAGUCAAACAAACUAUUUACCCGACUGCCGAACCUAGGAGACCUAUGAAUGUUGACAAGUGAACUCCAACUCUGUAUACUAACUGUAUACAAAUGCUACUGUUUGUGACUAUCUGUUGAUGUAAUGUCAGUAAGCACACCUACUAGUUUGCUUACAGUUUGUUCUUUCUUUUAUUGGCAUCAGUCUAUAAACAUUCUGUUUUUCUUUGCAA